UAUAUAAAUCUCAAAUGAGCGCGAAGAAGAUACUAUAGUACCUGACAGCCUAACUUGAAAGUGCGAGCGAAGCAUAACAUAAGUAUAUUCAACUAAGAGAAAAACAUGACUGCGUCGAUUAGCGAAAGGAGCAGAGUGAUGGAUGAUCAGUCUUCUCUAUCAAAGUGUCAAUUGGAAAAUAUUCAAUCAGCACUACUGGAUCCACACAACCCCCAACAUACGGCAGCACUUAAACUGCAAAAAGUAUACAAAAGCUUCCGUACAAGAAGAAAGCUAGCCGAUUGUGCAAUUCUUAUUGAACAAAGCUGGUGGAAGCUUUUAGAUUUUGCCGAACUCAAACGCAGCUCCAUAUCUUUCUUCAACAUUGACAAACAUGAAACUGCCAUUUCCCGUUGGUCUAGAGCUAGAACCAGGGCUGCCAAGGUAAUUUUUGAAUUCUGCUACUUUGGAGGUCUUAUUACCUUCAAUAAAGCUCUUUCCGAGGUCGAACUUUAUAAAUUUGAAGCUGUAAGAAAAUUAUUAACCAUCUCUUUGUCAUUGCAGGUUGGUAAAGGUUUAUCGAAAGAUGACAAAGCUCGAAAACUUGCUUUGCAACACUGGCUUGAAGCAAUUGAUCCACGUCAUCGGUAUGGACACAAUCUACACUUUUACUAUGAUAAAUGGCUCAAGUCUCAGAGCAGAGAACCCUUUUUCUACUGGUUAGAUAUUGGAGAAGGAAAGGAGGUAAAUCUUGAGAAGUGCCCUCGAUCUAAACUUCAACAGCAGUGUAUUAAAUACCUGGGCCCAAUGGAAAGAUUGCCUUAUGAAGUUGUUGUGGAAGAUGGAAGGUUCUUCUACAGGCAAUCAGGAAAGCUCGUUCACACUACUGGUGAAGGUGCACGAGCCAAGUGGAUUUUUGUCCUUAGCACAUCAAAGACCUUGUAUGUUGGCAAGAAGAAGAAAGGUUCAUUUCAGCAUUCUAGCUUCUUGGCUGGAGGAGCCACAUCUUGCGCUGGGAGACUAGUUAUCGAACGUGGUGUGUUGAAGGCAGUUUGGCCUCAUAGUGGCCAUUAUCGUCCUACAGAGGAAAACUUCAAGGAAUUUCUUUCGUUCCUUCUGGAGAGGGAUGUGCACCUUUCUGAUGUCAAGAUGAAUUCAGUUGAUGAGGAAUAUCACUCAUCUGAAGAGGACUUCACCAAGAACAUGAGUGGCUUGAAGGCUGAAGAGAAGGGCAAUUUGAUGGAAACUGAGAGGUCUUCUGCACCAGUGGGACCUAAGAUGAGGCAAUUCCAGAUUUUUGGAAGAGAACUGACCAAUCUUGAAAUACCGAAAAGGGGUCAUAUGCCUGAAGUAUUAGAGAAUGAAAAAGAAGGUGAUGGGAAGAGAAUUAAGAGUUUCCAAAUGGAUUCUCCAGCAGGUGAUCAAGAAACAGCACAAGCUUUUGCAUCGGAAGUAGAUCACACAAUCACCAAGCAAAACUUUUCUGCUGAUGAUAGUCAUGGAGGAACUGUUCCAAAAAAGUCAAUACUUAAAAGGAUUGCCUCACAUAAAGAAAUGAAAUCAUACCAAUUGGGGAAACAGUUAUCUUGCAAAUGGACAACGGGAGCUGGACCUCGUAUUGGCUGUGUGAGGGGCUACCCCUGCAAGCUUCAGUUCAGAGCCUUGGAACAAGUUUGCCUGUCCCCAAGAAGCGGUUGCCACUCUACAUCAUCCUUUGCUCCUAGAGUUUCAACUCCAAUAAAAAAUAUAUCACUUAAAAAGCUGCCUCGAGGAAUUGAGCACAAUUCUCCUUUGGUUAGAGGGAUAUCAGUGAUACCAGUUAUUCAUAUAUACGACAUGAGUGAAUAGAAUGCCCAAUUCGUUUAUUCCUUUGUGUAAAUAGGAAACAGUACAGUGUACAGGAAACUUUUGUCACUCCUUUAAAAUAGGAAUUCUUUUGUAUGCCACUAAUGUAAAAUAUGGGAUUCAAUUCAAAGGGAACAACAAAUUCAAUGAAGUCAUGAAAGCUGCUGCAGACCUUUA